AUUAUCUGUUGGAUCUUCUACAUUUGUUUUUGCUAUUGUUAUAUUCUGCCUGACAUUCACUACUAUACAACAUUUCUCGUCCUAGCAUGUUUAUAAUGUCGACUUAACAGACACUUGUUAAUCUAAGAAGAAAUUUACACCAGUUUGUAACAUGACCUCUGGAGCAAAGGGACACCAUUUCAACCGAAUAACCCCCAAAAUAAAUUAGUGAUUGUUGCUACUUUCUACUUUUUGCUUAUGUACCAUUGGUUGGUUAACGUAACAUGCUGACCUAUGUCAUGAAUCCACUUCAAACAGUUAAUAUCUGAUCCAAACUAGAUUGAGUCACAAAUACAUCUUUUCUGAUUCUUUGUUAUUGAUUUGAAGAUAUUAAGGACAUGAACUUUAUCAUUCUGAGGUGUAUCCAAUAUUAUUUCUUUUGUAUUUAUUGUCCUACCUGAUCUUUGCACUGUUACAGUUCCUUAACAGAAGCUUUUUGCAUAGCCAUAUUAGAGGCUGCUAGCUGUGGAUUGUUAACAGUCAGCACGCGUGUCGGAGGUGUUCCUGAGGUUGUACCAGAUGACAUGAUUGUUUUGGCAGAACCUGAUCCAAGUGAUAUGGUGCGCGCAAUCCAAAGGGCAAUAACUAUGCUGCCUAAAAUUGAUCCUCAAGUCAUGCACAAUCGAAUGAGGGAACUCUAUAGCUGGCAUGAUGUUGCCAAAAGGACCGAAAUUGUAUAUGACCGUGCUCUGAAGUGUUCCGAUCAAAACCUACUUGAACGUCUCUCACGAUACCUCUCUUGUGGAGCAUGGGCAGGAAAGAUCUUUUGCUUGGUUAUGAUCUUCAAUUUUUUGCUAUGGCAUCUACUGGAACUAUGGCAGCCUGCAGAUGAAAUUGAGGAGGCGCCCGAUGUUAUUCUUUCGCGCAACUGCGAUGGAUUGGAGGGAUGUUGCAGAAAAUACAACAAUGCAGAAAAUUACAAUAGUAGUGAUACUAAUAAUAUUUCAUAGGAAAAAAAUGCUGACAUGAUUCGACGAUUCUGCUUCAAAUGAGUCAAUUAAGCUCCCAUUUCCGAAAAAUGCAGCAAUUUCAUAAGUUUUAAGAUAUAUUGUUUUA